UUUCAAUGCAAGAUUUUUUUUUCUUGCAUAAAUUAUGUUCAUGACGUAGUGGCGAAAAGGGCACAUUUCUGGCGAUUCUCGCCGACUUGGCGCCUCUCAUGGGUGCAGGCGAGGUUCCCGGCGGCUUUUAUCGGUUGUUGCCUUCGCGGCGAGGCCAGACCCCCCCCAAAAACAAGCCCUCCUUCUUACCCAUGCAAAUGCUUUUGUGUGCGCAGCCACUGCGCCUGUCUGGGAGCUGAGAUGCAUUUUUAAUUAGGUGUGCCCGACACAAACUGUCACACCAGAGGUUCCUUUCCGAGGGGCUUCACCUGGGAGAGAGACCGGGGGAUUUUCUUCAGGAGCCAUGAAGUCCCAGGACCUUCCGGCCAGAGAUGCCCCGCCGCUUACCGUCAACGAGCAGGUCAUCGUGAUGUCUGGUCAGGAGACGAUACGCGUGCUGGAGGUGGGAGUCGACGCGUCUUCUUCGUUGGUACCGGAAGGGAAGAGGAUUGAGGGCGAAGCAGUGGAGGGAGGGGCUCAACCCGACGGCAACCGCCCACCAGGCGACCAGGCCGGACCCACGCAGCAGGCGGCGCCCGCAGCGGCUCCGCCCCCUGCCCCGCCCCCCACCGCACAGACGGCCACGCCCAUUAGCAUAUCCCUGCCGCAGCAUCCAGCGGCCGCCGUCGCCGUGCAAGGUUGUCCGCAGGUUCUGUCCCAGGAGAGUUUGGCCUCUCUGAUGACGGCUGGCGUGUUGGCCCAAACCAGCUCCCUGAGCCAGCCCUUGCUCAUUCCCAUCAGCAUGGCGGGAUCCAUCGGCGGCCAGGGAGGCCUCGCCCUCAUCACCCUGCCGGCGACCAGCGUGGCCAAUCUGUCUGGACUCGCCGCCGCCGCCGCCACCACGCAGCACGGAAACCUCCUCAAGCUGCCUUUUGCUGGCCUUCAAGCUGCCACAGUUUUGAACUCAGUCCAGCCUCAGCUCCAGACAAGCACUCAGGCGCUGUUCCAGUCUCCGGCGGCUUCCAUACAGACCGCCUUGCAGCAGUCCCAGCCCGCCUCGCUCGCCAACUCCCACGGCGAAUGUGCAGCUCAAGCCGCCCCGGCAACGGUCGCCGCCGCCUCCCAGGCUAACCUCUCUGUGGCGGCGCUCCAGACGGCGGGGCUCUCCAUCAACCCCGCACUUAUCAACGCUGCCUCGCUCGGAGCGCAGACUCAGUUCCUCAGUUCGCUCACCUCCACUCCCAUUUUCACCAGCGCCAUGUCCAACAUAAGCCAGAUCCUGACCACGGCACAGGGACAGGUGAUCGGAACCCUCCCCCUGCUGGUGAACCCCGCCUCCCUGGCCGCGGGGGCCACGCCCACCCUGCCCCUCCACGGUCUGCAGGUUCAGACCGUCACCCCCCAGCUGCUACUAAACACGCAGGGCCAGAUCUUCGCGGCGGUGGGGAACAGCCUCACGGCCUCGCCGGGGGUCCUGCCCAAAGCUGCCGCCCCACCAGCGCCGACUAAACCCCAGGUCGAGGCGCCGCUUUCGCAGCAGAUCUUUACAAAGAUCGUGCCCGAUUUGUCGGCUUUGAUGCCACCGCAGGCCACGGCUGCCUGCCAGUCGCCCGUCAUCAUCGCCCCGCAGCCCUCGCCGCUCAAAAGCGCCGCCACGCCGUCCUCCCCGGCCCCGGUGACCUGUGCCGACAUGGCCAAAGCGGGCCAGCUGGUCAGCAAGCCCCACCAGGCCGCCAGCAGCGACGAGGGCAUCAAUCUGGAGGAAAUACGAGAGUUCGCCAAGAACUUCAAGAUCCGUCGACUGUCGCUGGGGCUGACGCAGACGCAAGUGGGACAGGCUCUGACCGCCACCGAGGGCCCCGCCUACAGCCAGUCGGCCAUUUGCAGGUUUGAAAAGCUGGACAUCACCCCAAAGAGCGCCCAGAAGCUGAAGCCAGUACUGGAGAAGUGGUUGGCCGAGGCAGAGCACUGGAACCUGAAGGGCCAACAGAACCUGAUGGAGUUCGUCGGCGGCGAGCCGUCCAAAAAGCGCAAGCGGCGCACCAGCUUCACGCCCCAGGCCAUAGAGGUGCUGAACUCCUACUUCGAGAAGAACUCCUUGCCGACGGGUCAGGAGAUCACAGAGAUCGCCAAGGAGCUCAACUACGACCGGGAGGUGGUGCGCGUUUGGUUCUGCAACCGGCGACAGACACUGAAAAACACCAGCAAGAUUAACAUUUUCCAGGCGCAGUAGAAGGAAACUUUUUGUUUUGUAAAUACCAGGAAAAAAACAAGGAAGUUAGUGGGAAUACAGGAAUCAAUGCAAGAACUGAAGGCAUUUGCUGCCAGUACACUUUAAUACUGUGUACUUACUUUCUUACAGUGUCCCGAGUCCAUUACGGUUGUUGCGCACUUAACCCUGGAAAAUGUGUGUCGCUACCAAGCCAGGAUGGCGUCCAUUGAGGGUGGUAAGUGCCCACCACUGCUCUCACCAACUCAACCGUUCUACAAAUACUCGGUCCGUCCGUACUUCACACUUAUGCACAAAAAGGACUACAGCAGUGUCUCGAAAGGACUACUGCAGGAUCCAGUGUACUUGCUCCCAGAGUGCGCACAUUCUCCAAGUCGUUCUUUUUACGUUCGGAAAGGUUUGGUAGUCCCUCGUCGUCGCCCAUGUAGCCCAGAUAGCGACUGUUUCGGGUGGUGAGCUUUGAUCGCUGUUUUGAGUGCGCAGAUUUAUGGAAUACUUCAGCCAGUACACUUUAACAAGAGCACUGUCUACUUAAGUCCUGAGUGUGCAAAAUAUUGGCACCGUAGUUCGUUCCCAGACCUAGUACCGGGUGAAGUUGACUCCCCUUAUCGUUGCAAAUAUUCAAAUAACACCGCCAUUCGUUUGUGCUGUAAAAUUUUACUUUGUGCUGUUACAGUUUUUAAGUAAUUCUAACGUAUGUCACAAGCUACCGUACUCUAAAGACGGUGCCGAGUGUCUGAAUCCGAGAGUUUUUGAUGUAACUGUACAAAAUGAGGUCUAGAGCUAACCUAAAGCGUUAGCAUGCUUACAUCAAAAUGCUAACAUUUAGCAUGUGUGCUAACGUUAGCAUUAGAACAGUUAUUAUGUUUCUAUACCAAGUUGUAUGACUCAAGUACAAGUUUGGGCACAUUUUGACAAAGUUGAUAGGGGCCUGUUAUAAAUAACUAGAAAAUUCCUGUUGAAAGUUUGAUGGGCCUGCUAUCUAUGCCCUGUCCCUCUGGCCGGGUGUUGUUGGACUUUGAAGAUGGUGCCGAGUGUUUGAAUCCGAGACUUUUAGUUGCAACUGUACAAAAUGAGCUACAGAGCUAGCCUGAAACGUUAGCAUGCAUUAUAUUAAAAUGCUAACGUUUAGCAUGUGUGCUAACAUUAGCAUUGGAACAGUUAGCAUGUUUCAUAUACCAAGUUGUAUGACUCAGGGACAAGUUUGGGGACAUUUUGACAAGGUUGGUAGGGGCUGGUUAUAAAUAACUAGAAAAUUCCCGCCAAAAUUUUGAUGGGCCUGCUAUUUAUGCCCUGUAACUGUGGCCGGGUGUUGUUGGACUUUGAAGAUGGUGCCGAGUGUCUGAUUCCGAGACUUUUAGUUGUAACUGUACAAAAUGAGCUACAGAGCUAGCCUGAAGCGUUAGCAUGCGUUAUAUUAAAAUGCUAACAUUUAGCAUGUGUGCUAACAUUAGCAUUAGAACAGUUAGCAUGUUUCAUAUACCAAGUUGUAUGACUCAGGGACAAGUUUGGGGACAUUUUGACAAGGUUGGUAGGAGCUGGUUAUAAAUAACUAGAAAUUUCCCGUUGAAAGUUUGAUGGGCCUGCAAUCUAUGCCCUGGACCUCUGGCCGGGUGUUGUUGGACUUUGAAGAUGGUGACGAGUGUCUGAAUCCGAGACUUUUAGUUGUAACUGUACAAAAUGAGCUACAGAGCUAGCCUGAAGCGUUAGCAUGCUUACAUUAAAAUGCUGACAUUUAGCAUGUGUGCUAAUGUUAGCAUGAGAUUGGUUAGCAUGUUUCAUAUACCAAGUUAUAUGUUAGAUACAAAUUUUAAGAAACCAGCACAAACAAAUUGAACAGAGUGGGGUUG